CUGGCAGCUGCGUAAAGAAUAAAAGAGAGUAUUUCCAGCAGAUGGUUUAAAAGUUUUAGUUUUAUUUCAGCGGGGGCGGGAGAGAAUAAAAGUGGUAAGAAAAAAAAAUCCGUCAGCGAGAGGGCACUAAGUGGCUGGAAGAAUAUUAUUUACAGUGAUUUGUGAUAGAGUGAGUGAACCGUGCAGCUGCCAGGACCUUUUGUAAAAGCAGAGUUGCCGGAGGAGAUAUGGAGCCGCGGAAAAUCGAGUGGGUCGGCCCGCCGUGCGGGUCCCACGGACCGUACACUUUCUACCGGGCUUUCAGCGUGGCCCCGGGCGGCGGGAAGGCGCUCAGCGCCAGGCUCGGCCAGUUCCUCUUUGUCCGCUGCCAGCCGCAUGAGCCCGAGUGCAUCGCCGAGCUGCAGCUGCUGUGGGAGGACCGCGGGCGCCAACAACUACUGGCCAGCACCAGGCUCUACUUCAGCCCCGAGGAUACCCCGCAGGGCCGGAGCCUGCACCAUGGCCAGGAUGAGGUCAUUGCAGCCUCCAAAAGAAUAAUCAUCCGUCUUCAAGAUUUGGCGAAAUGGGUGUGCACUGAGAGUUCCCAAUGGACCACAGGCACUGAGGAAGAGAAAUGCAGCUCUAUUAAUUUGGACCGCAGUGACAAGGAGAACCCUGAGCUGAACAUCACGUCACCUUUACACUGCUGCCACACCUCAAACAGUGUGGAAAAUGAAUUUGAAAGUUCAGGAUUUAAAGAUGAUCGACCACGAGUUAAAAUAUUAAGCUACCCCCAGUACUGUCGCUAUCGGGCCAUUCGAAAAAGAAUUCAGAAAGCGUCUGCUGACUGUCUCAGUGAAGCUCAGCUGCUGGCUCUUGGAGGAAUUGUCUUAGUCAAUCAAAACACCAAGAUUCUUUACUGCCGGGAAACGUUCGAACACCCAACGCUGGGGGAUAACAAAUCCAUAUGUGAUGAGUUUGCGCCCUGUGUUUUGACACGUACGUCAGCUGGGAGAGUGGUCCGGACGAGGCUACAAAUCACUGCACAGCCGCAAUCACUGACCUUACUACAUCUUCAUCUGGCAGGAGCAGCCCAUAUCAAAGGACGAUCUCGAAAAAAGAAGAAAUCGACAUGCAGAAAGAGUGACGAGAGCUUGUCACGGGAGAACCGAUGGCCCAGCCAAUCGGAUGUCAAGGAAGAAAAGAACAAAGUUGGAUCGGAAACAAUGGCAGCUGCAAGUGCACAAGCAAAUCAACCAGCCAAUCCAAAUGACCUCCUUUCUGCAGAGCAAUGCUUCCUGAAGGCUUUGCAUAACUUCAUGUGUGAUCGCAACACUCCCAUCGCCAGAAUACCUCACCUGGGCUUCAAGAAAAUUGAUCUAUUCAUAAUGUUCACUGUUACACAACGGCUUGGAGGAUAUGAAGCAGUGACUGCCCGCCGGUUGUGGAAGCAUAUCUAUGAUGAGCUGGGUGGUAACCCAGGGAGUACUAGUGCUGCCACCUGUACCAGGAGACAUUACGAGAGGCUGAUCCUACCGUAUGAACGCUACCUCAAAGGGGAGGAGCACAAACCACUGCCACCAGCCAAGCCACGCAAACACACUACAAGCACAUCGGAUGACUCUGAGAAAGAUGUCAAAACGAAAAACGGGGAGCCGAGCUUAAAAGUGAAAAAGAUUCCAGAAUCCACUCGAAUGUCUGAGAAAGAGGGUAAUCUAGCAAGUGCUGGAAGGUGCCAGGCCAAAAGCCAAAGGACUGUCCCUGCUCAGCACUCAGGUACUCUGGGUAACAGUCAAGACAAGCAGAUACCAACUCCAGAACGUAAAAACCAAGAUGACGGGGCAUCCAUUACAGGGGAGUAUUCCAGAAACAAGGUCUUCCCCCUCUCUGAUUUAGAAAAAGGUGAGAAGUCUGAGUCUGAAGUGCACCGAACACAUGAACAACAAUUGAAAAGACAGAAAAAUAGCGAGUGCCCAAGUGUGGGAAACAUCCAGUUGCAACCUCAGGACUUGUCCAGUGGCUCCAGUGUUAAAGAAAGUCGGCACAUUGCCACCGAAGGAACUAAGUCCAUCUUUCCAUCUGGAAUGUUCCAACACCUUCACUCUGGAAUACUGAACUUCCAAUUACCUGAAGGUGUGUCGCCUCUCGAUGUUCUUAAAAGCAGGUUGGGCUUGACCACAUCGAAAGGUGAAUCCAGGCCAGCUUUUCCCAGGACACUCAAGGUGGACCAAUCAAAAAGCAUCAAACCAGAUAGCAAAAUGUACAUCAAAACCUUGGGAGAAAGUGAAACGCAGAACAUUACUUGGCUUAAUCGGGAAGACUCUAAAUGUGUUUCACAACCAAAGAAAACUUGCAUUGGACAAAUGAAUGGAAUUCGAGUAGUGAAAGGGAGCAGGUCUCCUGUAUCCCUGUUAAGUAACUCCCAUUCUACCAAACAUGUUGCAGAUUCCAGGGAAGAACGUAAAGCAAACCCAAGACCAAGAACAUUUGAGGGGCUACAUGUGAAUAAUGACAGUGGAGAUUCACAAAGUCGCCUGGCCGAGGAGGGGUUGAAUUUCAGCAAAUGCGUGGAUAGUAACUAUGUGAAUGAUCGUAAAGGACAACUAUCUGAAAUGUUACCUCAAAAUUUAUCCAAUAAACAAUCACCACUACAGAUGGAGACUUCAAUGCAAUAUAGUGAACAGUCCUCUCCAUUAAAUCUCAGCAAGUCCAAUAAGAAUUCUUCAGGAAAGAGAGCCACAGAUCUAAUGCAUGCACCCGUCUGUUUAUCACGCAAGAGUGUCCCUCAUUAUCUGCUCCCUCGAUCCUUACAAAAUCAUUGUGAGAACAGGGAAAACCGUAACAACAGUGAACGACUGGCUAAGAAACGGAGACUGGAUUCUUAUUGCACAAGGAUGAGUGAGCAGAGAAGAGAAUUUGUUCAUUCAGAUCAUAGCUCUGGUGUUGAGUCACUGAGUCAGUCACCACUGAGCCUCAGUUCUCGAGUUGUGUCAGAGGAUUUCCCUACAGAUUUAAGCCUCCCAAAAUAUCCUAAAGUCCAGAGGCCAGAAUGCACUUCGACCAAUUCUGAGACCCCUCAAGACAGGAAAACUAAAUUGAGUGCUGAGGCAGCAAGUACAAAUCUCUCCCAGUUAUCUUCCUCACCCCCUGCUGUUUCUGAAACAAUAGCUACAGCAGCCAACAGCCAAAGGUCUCAAGCACAAAACGGGCCUCCGACUCCACUUGGAAGAACCUUGAUCAAGGAUGGGAUAAAGAACUGUAAGGAGGAGCUCCCAAAUGGCCCCAAUAGGCCAUUUUCAUCAAAUAGCAACAUGGUAUCGGCCAAACAAAGCCAGCUUGCACGUUGUCCAGAGGAAUCCAGAAAAGAAGGUGAAGAGCCUUCUGAUGAUGAAUUAGUCGCCUCUCGUGUAGACAAAGCUCAACCAGAAGAAAAACCUAAAGGGGACCACGAAUCCAAUCUGUCCCGUCAUCAGGCCCCCUCCUCAUUGAGUCAAGCAGACAAUAAGAAGGGAACACCAACGAGCCCCUAUCUACUUGGAGGCUACCAUCCAGAACUCCAUCACAUGGCUGAGAAAUUUGGAGCACGUUUUCAGCUGGUUGACUUGAAUAAAAAUUCUGCAAAGACACGAAAGUCUGACCCGGUUAUUGUGCCAGUAUUAACUCCUGGCCAUCCUAUUUCACCUGCUAUGGUUCCUGGUUCUGUGCAACACCGACAACUCCUGGCUUCCCAUUCCCAGCAAAUGUAUAACCACCUGCUGCGAACUUCAAUGCUGCCUAACUUACCGUAUGAUGAGGUAGUAAUGCACAGACUAUCUACCAGCCCAUCAACAUUCUCUCCCUCCCACCUUUCUCCAGUUUACUCUGAGAAACGGGUGUGAACGGCUUUGCUACUUAAAGGUGGAACAGGUUAUCUCAGAUUUUCAAAAGCCGAAGAUCGGCUCAACAAUACGCAAGGUUGCACCCGUACUCACUUUUUUGCCUUUUGUUUCAGAUUCGAUGUGUUGUUAAAAUUACUUUCUCCCUGCCAACUCUCCAAAUCUCUAAGCGAUGCAUCAACUAUGGCUUAGAGGGAGAAUCUCAACUUGUCUGUAAAUCCUGGUCUGUUACUCUAGGCAACUAGCAGUGAUCUGGAGAAUGGCUUGACUGUGUUGAUGUGUCAGAUUUACUUUUCUCUCCAAGGAGAAUGGGGAGAAGUUAGACCGCUCAUUUUCAACUCUUCCCAGUGACAUCGUUGAGAGGAACUGGGUUCUGUAAAUCUAGAAAAACCAAACGAACUGCGGUUAUUGUAAAUAAGAAACAAAAAACAAAAUUGCUGGAGAAGCUCAACAGGCAACAUCUGUGGAGAGAAAUCAAAAGUUGAG